CUCGUCUCCCGCCCUCCCUCCACCCAUGCGUUCAGCUAGUCGCCUCAGCCUGAUCCCAUCCCCACAACCUCUGCCAUUUCUUUUGGGGGAACCAUAACUGACUUUAGUGAGAAAAGUAUUACACCCAAAUAUCCAGUCAUGGUCCAAGCUAAGACGUGGAUCCUAACCAAGCACUUUGAUGGCUUCCCGAAGGACAGCAACUUUGAGUUUAAGGUGGAGGAGCUUCCCAAGCCCAAAGAUGGGGAGGUGCUUUUGGAGGCAGUGUUUCUGAGUGUCGACCCUUAUAUGAGGCCGUUCAGUAGGGUUCGCAUGAAAGAAGGCGAGGUAAUGAUUGGAAGUCAAGUGGCCAAAGUGAUCCAAAGCAAUAACCCAGCAUUUCCCGUGGGAAGCCAUGUUGUCGGUCGUUGUGGCUGGAGAACCCACACAAUCAGUGACGGGACGGACCUCAUUCCCAUCAUGCCCGACUGGCCUCAAGACAUCUCGCUGUCACUCGCUCUGGGCACCAUCGGCAUGCCAGGGCUUACAGCACUGUAUGGGAUCGAGGAGGUCUUGGGACUCAAGAAAGGUGAGACCCUCCUGGUGAACGCUGCAGCAGGGGCAGUUGGCUCUGUGGUGGGCCAGAUUGCCAAGAUCAAAGGCUGCAAGGUGGUGGGUUCAGCAGGGUCUGACGCCAAGGUGGCCUUCCUUAAAGAGCUGGGCUUCGACGAGGCCUUCAACUACAAGACUAUUAGUUCUCUGGAGGAGGCACUGAAGAAGGCCUCUCCAGAGGGAUACGACUGCUUCUUUGAAAACGUGGGAGGCCCCUUUUCAACUGUUGCCUUGCAGCAGAUGAAGAACUUUGGAAGAAUAGCUGUGUGUGGAAGUAUUUCUGUGUACAAUGACACCACUCCUCAGACAGGCCCGUACCCCCAUCUGACUAUGAUCUUCAAGCAGCUUAAGAUGGAGGGCUUCAUGCAGAGCAGGUGGGAGCACAAGCACCCAGAAUCCCUCAGGAGGCUGAUGGGAUGGCUGAAGGAGGGCAAGCUGCAUUGUCGGGAGCACAUCACAAAAGGCUUUGAAAACAUGCCAGCUGCUUUUAUGGGGAUGCUGCAGGGAGACAACAUCGGCAAGGCUAUCAUCGCUGUCUGAUGUGAAACACAGGAUCAACAGAGAUGCAGCAGUAUUAUCAGUAACUGGCACAUUAUUACAGGAUACAUACAUGAAGGACUGAGCAAUAGAUACAUAUAACUAACCAUAUAUUUUCAUAUUAACAUGUCGAUGUAGUUUGUUUGUCUCUGUAGUCACAGUAAUAAAACAUUAUAGAUGAAA